CCUUGCCAUUGGCCUGUGCCGGGGAGGCGGGGCCUGCUCACGUCUAUUGGCUUCUCUAUGUUGUCAUUUGAUAGCGGAUAGAGGACACGACCAAGAUGGCGGCGGUGUCUGGCUUGGUGCGGAGACCCCUUCGCCAGGUCUCCGGGCUGCUGAAGAGGCGCUUUCACAGGACCGCGCCGGCUGCGCUGCAGGUGACAGUUCGUGAUGCUAUAAAUCAGGGCAUGGAUGAGGAGCUGGAAAGAGAUGAGAAGGUAUUUCUCCUUGGAGAAGAAGUUGCCCAGUAUGAUGGGGCAUACAAGGUUAGUCGAGGGCUAUGGAAGAAAUAUGGAGACAAGAGGAUUAUUGACACUCCCAUAUCAGAGAUGGGCUUUGCUGGAAUUGCUGUAGGUGCAGCUAUGGCUGGGUUGCGGCCCAUUUGUGAAUUUAUGACCUUCAAUUUCUCCAUGCAAGCCAUUGACCAGGUUAUAAACUCAGCUGCCAAGACCUACUACAUGUCCGGUGGCCUUCAGUCUGUGCCUAUAGUCUUCAGGGGGCCCAAUGGUGCCUCAGCAGGUGUAGCUGCCCAGCACUCACAGUGCUUUGCUGCAUGGUAUGGGCACUGCCCAGGCUUAAAGGUGGUCAGUCCCUGGAAUUCAGAGGAUGCUAAAGGACUUAUUAAAUCAGCCAUUCGGGAUAACAAUCCAGUGGUGGUGCUAGAGAAUGAAUUGAUGUAUGGGGUUCCUUUUGAAUUUCCUCCGGAAGCGCAGUCAAAAGAUUUUCUAGUUCCUAUUGGAAAAGCCAAAAUAGAAAGGCAAGGAACACAUAUAACUGUGGUUUCCCAUUCGAGACCUGUGGGCCACUGCUUAGAAGCUGCAGCAGUGCUAUCUAAAGAGGGAGUUGAAUGUGAGGUGAUAAAUAUGCGUACCAUCAGACCAAUGGACAUGGAAACCAUAGAAGCCAGUGUCAUGAAGACAAAUCACCUUGUAACUGUGGAAGGAGGCUGGCCACAGUUUGGAGUAGGAGCUGAAAUCUGUGCCAGGAUCAUGGAAGGUCCUGCAUUCAAUUUCCUGGAUGCUCCUGCUGUUCGUGUCACUGGUGCUGAUGUCCCUAUGCCUUAUGCAAAGAUUCUGGAAGACAACUCUAUACCUCAGGUCAAAGACAUCAUAUUUGCAAUAAAGAAAACAUUAAAUAUUUAGUUUGGACUUGAAUAUCAAGUCGUUGAAGUUUAUUUGAAAUACUUGCUGGCAUUGCACCUGGAUUCAAGACUUUACUACUCAUGAAGAAAAACAAUCUCUAAAGCAACAGCAGGUGUUUUUGUACAGGGAGGUUUAAAUGUGUUUGUGUAUGGAAAACUCUCCACUCUCCUGGCCUAGAGGCCAUGCUUCCUUUUGUCUGUUACAGUUGCCAUGUUCUUUGAAUAAAAUUGUAUGACGUUUUACUCUCUCUCACUCUAAGGACAAAGUAUGGAUGUGGCAGAGUCCGGAUGAAAGAUAUAUCCAUAUGUAUAAAAUUAAAGCAUAUAAUCUACUUUACUGUUAGUUUGUUUUGAUAAGGAAUAAAGGAAUUCCUAACUAUGA